CAUGCACAUACAUCGCAUAUAACACAGACAUAAGAGACAUCAACAAGGAACAUAAAGGGGCAUCUGACCACAUCAUAUUGUUUUAUAUACCACAGAAAUAUAAUUAUAUACAUAAGCAUCAAUUUAGAAAACAAAAAAGAUGUCAAAAUUCCAGACAUCGAUUCAUGAAUACCUUGAAACACUUCCUCUACAGACUUUCAACCGCCUCUAUCAGAAACCAGCAACAUGCCUUGCUAUCUUUCGGCUGUUGCCACCAUUAGGAAAACAGAUCAUCAUGUCAAGUCUAUACGUCGAUACACCCAUUCCAGUUACGGAUAUGAAGCUUUGGUUUAAAGAGAGCGCAGGACUAAUGAAGCAAAAAGAGGCUAUGCAGCGGUUAAAGGCCCUCCACAUCUUUUCAGAGGAGCGAGGGAACUACGCGAUGAACGCGACAUUCCUGGAGCAGUUUAGGAAUGCAUUGACAGGAGGAGGAAAUUCCCAGAGCUUUGGAUUAGCGACAUCAACACCAGAUAAACAUCAUGUCGACAUUGCAUUUUUAGACGACUACGCCACCAAACAAUGGGAAGCGAUUUUACAUUUUAUGGUCGGCACUACAGAAGGACGUCCACCUUGCAAAGGAGUUCUCAACCUUCUAGGACGAAGCGGACUAAUGACGGGCGGAUCUGAUGUUUCAUCACACGCUGAUAGCAUGGAUGCACGGGAUUUUGCGAGUCAAAUGGCCCGGCAAGAUUUCGGUGUCCCUAAAAUUACACACAAAGGGUUCCAAUUUCUUUUGCAGGACAUCAAUACACAAGUUUGGGCUUUCUUGCUUCAAUAUUUGAACAUGGCGGAAAGUCUGAACAUGGAUCUAGUUGAAGUGCUGACUUUCUUUUUCCAAUUGGGAUCUUUGGAAUUGGGGAAUGAUUACUCCUCUGAGACGUUAACACCAACACAGACUCAUUUACUGGAGGACUUGAAGGCAUAUGGGAUUGUAUACCAAAGGAAAAGAGGAAGCAGAAGAUUUUAUCCAACUCGAUUGGCAACAACGCUGACCUCAGGAACUCCCGUUAUGCUCGGGUCACAUACUAAUGCUACCAAGUUGGCUGCAGCCGCAGCGGUCAGGAAAGGAGAGGAGGAGGAAGGAGAUGACCAUGGAUUUAUUAUCUUGGAAACCAAUUACAGGCUUUACGCUUACACCGAUUCACCCCUACAGAUUGCAGUGUUAAACCUCUUUGUACAUCUUCGGGAUCGAUUCCCCAACAUGGUUACUGGCGUAAUCACGCGCGAUAGUAUCCGACGUGCGCUUACUAAAGGAAUUACAGCAGAGCAAAUCAUCACCUAUCUCACAGCACAUGCGCAUGCGCAGAUGCGGAAGCAUACACCUGUCUUGCCACUUACUGUGGUGGAUCAGAUUCGCUUAUGGGAGAUUGAGAAGAACCGUCUCCGACCAGUUCAGUCAUGGUUAUAUUCUGAUUUCGGCCGACAGCAAGACUUUGAAAGCACAUUAGAGUAUGCAAGCGAGCUGGGUGUAGUACUAUGGUCGAACCAGAAGAGAAGAUUGAUUUGUAUAACGACAGAGGGUCACCAAGCCGUCGGUAGUUAUGUCCGCAAGCUUAUUAUCCGGCAAAAAGAGCAGGCGCAACAGGCUCAACAGGCUCGACAACAACACCAGCAACAACAUGUUCCGUCCAUUGCCUCAUAACAUUUUGAG